AGAUUUCCGUGACGUACUGAUAACUUCUGUAAAGAUGAAUGAGGAGUGCAUUAUCCGAAAGUUGGUGGCCGAUGGAGAUGGUGGUGGUGAUGAUCGUCGUUUCGUAACCAUUCUUACAUUACUGUUGAAACUUACCAAGGAGCCAGAGGUGUCGCAAAGCUUACUACCACGUAUUAUGAAAGUGAUAGAUGGGGUAGAAACCGCUAUGAAGAAACAGGUGUUGAUUUCUGCAAUGAAUGAGCGACAAAUACAGGAAUACGCUAUGCUCACCAAUCAUAUAGAACAAGAAAUUGUAAAAGCGAAUGAAAAGAUGUCUACUGCAAAAAAAGAUUUAUCUAUUGCGAAGGGAAUGAGGAAAAAUAAAGAAGAAUAUGAAUUAUUGGCCAAAAUGAUUCAAAAAGUGCCGUCUAGGCCAGAAACCACCAGGAAAUUAGAGAUAAUCAAGAAGGAACUUGAAGAACUUCAUGAGAAGCAACGGAAUUUAGAAGCGAAGCUAGCUGAUCGACGCAAUCACCUGCAUGCUCUCAAUAUUAUAUUGGCAAAUUUCUGCAGAUUUUUAAAAGACGAAGAGAACGAUGAAAUAACGAAUAACGAUGAGACCUUGGAUGGUACGAGCACGAACACUAAGAAGGAGAAAGCUUAAUUUGAUCUCACUUUCACAUUGUUUCGGUACGGGUUUUUCAAUAAUUCAUUUAAUAAUGUUUGUUCAAAAAAAAGCUUACCAUAUGUCAUGUGUAAAUGCAAUGAAUGCUUGAAGAAAUAUAUUUUGCACCAAUAUGGCACUAAUAAACACAAAUAUGCCCAGAUGAACGAAUCGAAAUCAGUAACGAUAAGAGUUUUUUGACUUCUCAGAGGAAGGCAUUAAAAAUUUUACAAAUGAAGUUGUGAAUGGUUUUAUGCGUGGAUCUAUCAGGAUAGAUUCACGCAUAAAAUGUUAGUAAACUUCCACUGUUUCCACUACAGUGGAUAAUACCGAGGGCAAAAAGCCAAAGAAUAACCGUAGCAGAUAAAAAUGAUGGCAUCGACGCAGUGUUUCUCAAUCUGCGGAAAACCUUUGCUUUUUCGAGCAUUCACCAGAGAAACACGGGAAUCAUUACUGAUCAGCGCUACUUUUCCAUAUAGAGAGCGGAAAUUACUUUAUUUUCUUGGGAAUGCUUUCCUACCUUCAUUUUUUCAUGAUCUAAUGACUUUUUUUAAUAUUAUAUACAUGUAAUCCUUAUCCCACAAUGGUCCUUUGAAGAAAAUUCACUAAUCGUUUGUAAUCUGAAUGGCUUGCAG